AUGAAUUCCGAUGCUUUCCGAGGAGGUUCCACACGACAAUUUUCGCAGCGGCGCCUCACACUGCCUGCUGUGCUGCUUUGCGUUUGUGUUUGUUUCCUUCGUCCUCGCGUGGAUGCUGGGGGCUUCGUCUCUAUCCGUCGCUUCGUGCAUGCCUGGAGCGUGCAUGCGGAGGCCGAUGAGAGCAGGGGCACGAUCAGUGCUCCACCUCCGACAGCGGACAAGUCGAGUGAGUACCGCCGAUUGGGCAGCCUCGACUACAUUUUCCCCAUGUACACGGUUCCUUUGGAGAUUCUCUUGCAAAUGAAGAGAAUACGGACACAUGAGGAGAUGUUGGCGGACAACGAGCUCACACAGUUUGAGGAGCAUAUGGGAAGAGCCAUGUUUAUUUCCCACCAGUGGCUCGGUAGCAAGCAUCCAGAUCCCUGUGGCCAGCAGAUGAAGGUGCUGCAGGAAGCGCUGUCAAACAUCCUUUCUGGUACCAGCCAGGUGUCAUUGCCCAUUGUGACCGAGAUCAUUCAUGGCAGAUGGGCCUGUCCUACUUCUACUGAGUUCAAGUCCCAGGAACUCUUCAUUUGGUAUGAUUAUUUCUGCUGCCCACAAGAUGCAUCUGGACCUGCAGCUCACAGCCGGCAGCGCGCCAUCUACAGCAUUCCUUCUUACAUCGCCAAGUGCGAACUCUUCGUGAUUCUUUGCCCUGCCCUGCGGCAUGAUGACAGCUCCGCGUUGAGCCAGGCAUCUUUGUGGACAGGGUCAGCGCUCCAAAGUUCAACAGCGUUGAGAACUGUUUGUUUUAUCUGUCACCCACGAGAAUUUGGGAGCUGA